AUGGUCAUUGCCACUACCAUCAAUGCGACUGCUGCCCGACGAAAGCGUUCUCGAAGUUUGGUGGGUUUAAGUUUAGCCCUUGCAGCUCUUUGUGUGGAGCCUUCGACGGCAUUUUCCAAUCCACCCGUGAUUGUUUCAUCCGUAUCGAAACAUAUUAUUCCAUCGCUACAAUCCACUGUUGCGCCACCACUCCCUACUAGUGCCCUGCGAAUGGUCUCCUCCUCUGUGUUGCGAGAAGUAGUAGACCACGACGACGGCAGUGCUCGAGGUCGUCAUGAUUCGAUAGCAAGUGCACCACCUCGCUUGUCCCUCGAAGAAGAGAAGGAGCUACUGCGACAAGCUGUUGAAUUGCGACGUCUCAAAAACUUGGAAACAGAAUUGGCAUUGCGAAGCAACAACGCCACUCCCCUGCUGUCGAUUCGAUCCAAAGAGGCUGGAUACGGAGAAGAUAUUGUUGCCUACGAACAAGCGCUAUUGGAUGGAGAAAUGGCAAGAGAACAACUCAUCACCACCAACAUGGGAUUGGUCUAUUAUUGCGUCAAUGAAAUCAUUGGCAACAAGAGCCGGGGCACCAGCACUCGCCGCUUGAACUCGCUCAGUCGAGACGAUUUAUUGCAAGAAGGUGCGAUUGGACUGGCACGAGCCAUUGAUCGAUGGAAUCCUGCCAUUGGAGGAAAGUUCUCGACGUACGCCGUAUAUUGGGUCCGGGCCGCCAUUUUGAGAUGCAUUGCGGAAAAGGAUGACAUUCUGCGAGUACCGGAACACGUGUCGGCGGCGGUGCGCAAAAUGUCACGAGGAGCCCAAAAGCUGGGACUCGAUGUCGAUGGGGACAGUUUGCUCUCCACCGUGUACGCAUCCGAUGCUAGUUGGAAGGAAGCCCUUGCUGCCAAGGCACUGGCCGAAGAAGCUGGAUUGACCGAUAGGCAAUUGGCGGAAGCACUCAGGAUUCGUAGCCGACGCAAUGCCGGAGGAUAUGUCGCAUUUGAAUCAUGGAUGCAAAAAGGAAAGGAUAUCCAAUCGGAUGUUUCGACGUUGGCUACGCGAGAAGAAGCACUGCGCCCUGUGCAGGUGGAACAGUUGAAAAAGACCUUGGGACGAUACCUGAGACCAAAAGAGAUGGAAGCUUUGUUUUGGAGAUACGGACUGUUGGACGAAAGCAGCGCUGAUCAGGAACAACCAGCAGCUCCAUCCAACAAGCCAAAGCAACCCAAGAACUACCUGGCCAUUGCCGAAGAAGAACUCUACGGAAAACCCGCUGAUAAGAAAACAAAGCAAAAGAAGGCAACAAAAGCCAAAAAGUCAUCGUCUCGUGCUACCAAAGCUGCUGAGAUCCCCGUGCGCGGAAAGUGGGGGGAAGCAAUGAGCUUUGUGGAAGUGGGAAAGAGAAUGGAAGUGUCGGCUGAGUACGGCAGACGGUUAUGCCAUGCCGCUCUCAAGAAGCUGCGACAAGCAGCCGAUGAUGGCUUGCUCGAACCAGCGCUUCUCUGCUAA